AGAGGUAUCCGUGAAUAAAACUAUAAGUGUAUAAUGUACAUUGCAAUUUUAUUUCACUCUUCAUUGAAAAUCACUCUUCACCAUAGCAUUGAUCUUCAAAUAUUUGAGUAUUUGACCCAUUCCCAUGACCUGGUUACAUAACAUGGCCAAAAUGGCAUCUAGAUGGACAUUGACUCAUUGACUCAUUGCAAAUUAGAAACGGGACCUUCCAAGUCUCGAGUCUCGACUACUUUACACACCUGUCCCUAAGUCUUGAUUGGUGGCUGAAUGAUAUUCUUACAUUUCUUUUCAUAUACUUAUUCUACAUGCUACCACUCUUCAAACUUGUGUCUAUGUUUCCUGAGAAGGGUAGAUAAGAAUACACCAUAGUAAAGUGAAAGAGUGGAGAGGGUCCAUCUACUUGGUUUCCACAUGGCAGAAGUUGGUGAAAGAAAGAAACUGUCACAUGGCCCCCUCUCGUGCUUCUUCUGUGGACAUGGAAUUACAAAAGAAGAACCGGUGCAAUCAGCAGUAUCCGAUGAGGACGGAAUCACAACAAGAUCAAGCAGGACUUCGACGGCGGCAGCCGUGGAUCACAACCUUCUUGGAAAGAUCGCAGAUGCAUUUAAGGAGCUUGCAGAGGUUGUGGCAGCCGCCUCCAAUAAUGCAGAGGAGGCGGUGGAGGUUGCUGCUUUCGCCCGGGCAUGUUCUUUCGUGGCUCCUCUUUUCGGUUUGGUUGGCUUCCAUUUCAAGUUCAUUGAGAUGGAUUAUGUUACCAAGGUGAAUGAUCUAAUGGAGGCAUCCAAGUCAUUCAAGACAUUGGAAUCAAUGGUUGAUGAGGAUGUGAAAACCAAUACGGUGAGAAAACAAGGUAGCCACUCGAGGAAUCUAUUGAAAAUAAAACGUGGCCUUGACUUUCUCAGACUACUCUUCCACCAAAUUCUACUUACAGAGUACGUACAUACAUACAUACAUACUCCUUUGCAAUGCAUGUGUUAGUUUUUCUGUCAUGAUAGUGGAGAAUGGAGAUAUUAUUUUCUUUAUAAAAAAAUGAUGAUGGGUUGUGGAAAUUGGUUUCCACUUUCCACGAACAAGAUUGUAGAUCCGUGAUGGCGAGUAUAAUUGGUUUCCAGUUUCCACUU